GUAAGCACUUCAAUGGGGGUACAAUAAAGACUAAUCCCUCCAGAGGACAGAGGGAUGCAUUCUGCCCAGGGGAUCUCAAAGGGCUUCCUGGAGGAGAUGCUGUGCUGGGAUUUGAAGGAGGAGCAGGUCUCCUGGGCCGCCAUGACGCUUCUGCUGCUGCUGCUGCUGCUGCCGCCCGCGUUGCUGUCUCCUGGGGCGGCCGCGCAGCCCCUGCCCGACUGCUGCCGCCAGAAGACGUGCUCCUGCCGACUCUACCAGCUGCUGCACGGCGCUGGCAAUCACGCGGCUGGCAUCCUUACGCUGGGCAAGCGGCGGCCAGGUCCUCCGGGCCUCCAGGGCCGGCUGCAGCGCCUCCUGCAGGCCAGCGGUAACCACGCGGCCGGCAUCCUGACCAUGGGCCGCCGCGCAGGCGCAGAGUCUGCGCCGCGCCCCUGCUCCGGGCUCCGUUGUCCUUCUACUCCUCCGUCAUCCGUCGCGCCUGGGGGACGGUCCGGGGUCUGAGCCCUGGCUUGGGCUCUAUCCUGGCCCUGCCCACUCCCCUCUGCCCGCCAGGUGUCAGCCCCCAAACAAAAAGUGCAAUAAAGACGAGAGUCCG